ACAGUAUCAAAAGCAGCAGUUAGAGUUAAUCCUUUCCUGAAAGCACAAAGAUUUCAAGAAACAAGGAGUGAAUGGGAAAGGAGGGCCAAGGUAAGAAAGAAAAAGAGAGGGAGAAAGGGGAAAAAAAGGUGGGAAUGAGGAAUCAUAGAGACAGAAUACAAAUAAACCCACAAAAACAUCAAUUAUAGACCAAACACAGAAAGUGAGAGGAGGAUUUAGCAAGAGCAAGAGUGAAAACUAGGAUCACAUUGUGGAGACCAGCUGAACAGAGAAGACACAAGAGUACAAAUAGCAGUUCAGGGAUCCUCUGAGACUAGAGACUGAGAAGGCUCAUAGCAGCAUCGGCGGCAGCAGCAGCAGCAGCAGCAGCAGCAGCAGCCAGGGAUACAUUUUUAUGAAAACCAAAACAGAUAACUGAGCUUUUUGAGAGGAAACCUUGAUUUUGGAGGGGUGGAGUGAAUGUAAAGGAAGAGUCUCUUUGCUAUGACAGAAAUAUAUUGAAGAAUAUUUAAUAGAGUGUGUUCUUUCUCAGGUAUUUUCCAAGUUGACAAUUAAAUCUGUCAGACAACAUGCCUGAACAAAGCAAUGAUUAUAGAGUAGUGGUGUUUGGAGCAGGAGGCGUUGGCAAGAGCUCCUUGGUCUUGAGGUUUGUGAAAGGCACUUUCCGAGAGAGCUAUAUCCCCACUGUUGAAGAUACCUAUCGUCAGGUGAUCAGCUGUGAUAAGAGUAUCUGCACUUUGCAGAUCACUGACACAACAGGUAGCCAUCAGUUCCCAGCAAUGCAACGCCUCUCUAUUUCCAAAGGCCAUGCCUUUAUCUUGGUUUAUUCUAUCACAAGCCAACAGUCCUUGGAAGAACUCAAACCCAUCUAUGAACAGAUUUGUCAGAUCAAAGGAGAUGUGGAAAGCAUUCCAAUCAUGCUAGUGGGGAACAAGAAUGAUGAGAGUCCAAACCGAGAGGUGGAGAGCAGUGAGGGUGAAGCUUUGGCAAAGAAAUGGAAGUGUGCCUUUAUGGAGACCUCAGCCAAGAUGAAUCAUAAUGUCAAAGAACUCUUCCAAGAGCUACUAAACCUGGAGAAACGCAGGACUGUGAGUCUUCAGAUUGAUGGAAAAAAGAGUAAACAGCAGAAAAGGAAGGAGAAGCUGAAGGGUAAAUGUGUGGUCAUGUGAAAGCCCUGCCCGUGUGAAGCAAGUCCAUAUUUCUUGUUUCUACAUGCCCCUCCCCCAUCCUCGCUGAUGUCUAUGUUAAACUUAAAGAUAAAAAUACUCAGUGAUUAAAGAUAAGAUGCCCAUUGACUGAAAA